GCAGCAGAUCGUCAAACGACUAGGGACACUAGAGAACGAUCGGCAGCACCUCACACUGUUGGUUAAGUUAACUGCACUGCACGAUCGCAAAUACUAUACGCGAUCAAUAGUACACAAUUAAUAACCAACGUUACUUGUAGUCGCAGUGCAAUUGGUUGUAUGGACGAGUGUGCGACUUGCCACAACGCGGCGCAGGAUUUAUUGUUUAGUUGGGAAUUUUGAGCACGGAAACAGAAAUCAAAGCGCAAACUCUUGAAACACACACACACACCGACAAACGAUCGAGGCAGCGGUCCGGCUUGUGAAGCCACCGUCAAAGGAGCGCAGUUUUUGCUGUCGCAGCAGUUUUCUUAUUUACCAAACUGGAGAAUACGAGAUAUACGCCUGUCUAUACAACAGAAAGAAUUAAAAUGACGCAACAACCGGAGUGGGGAAUACGAUUUUCGAGGUUUUUCCUCGUACCUCAGCGCGUGAUCCUUUCGAUCAUGGGCUUUUUUGCCAUACUCAAUGCAUAUACGAUGCGUAUAUGUCUCUCGGUAGCUAUUACCGAGCUAGUGGUUAAGAAAAAUCACACAGACGAUGACGGUAGCACGGCAGUAUGCGUGGCGGACGAUUUAGACACGGAAUCAAGUAGUGGCGGUGAAUAUGAAUGGUCAGAAGAGUUACAGGGUUAUAUACUUUCAUCCUUCUAUAUUGGCUACAUUUUGACGCACAUUCCUGGCGGUCUAUUGGCGGAAAAAUUUGGUGGUAAAUGGACGCUCAGUUUGGGUAUAUUGUCCACAGCUUUCUUCACCGUCAUUACACCACUCGCCAUCAUACAUGGUGGUGCGACUUGGCUAAUUGUUGUGCGUAUUCUGAUGGGCAUUGGUGAGGGUACCACCUUCCCGGCUUUGAGCGUAUUAUUGGCGCAAUGGGUACCGAUUAAGGAGCGUGGCAAAUUGGGUGCGUUGGUAUUGGGUGGCGGACAAGUCGGUACAAUUUUGGGUAAUCUGUUGUCGGGUAUACUGUUGGACGCUUACGAUUGGCCUGUGGUUUUCUACUUCUUCGGUGGUAUUGGACUUGUAUGGUUCGUCAUUUUCACUUUCCUUUGCUACAGUGACCCAACCACACAUCCAUUCAUCAAACCUAGCGAAAAGGAGUAUCUAACCAAGCAUAUGGGUAGCAUUGGACGCAACAAGAAUUUGCCACCUACACCAUGGCGCGCCAUAUUAACCAGUUUGCCAAUGUGGGCUUUGAUAUCAGCACAAAUCGGUCACGAUUGGGGUUUCUAUAUUAUGGUUACUGAUUUGCCCAAAUACAUGGCAGAUGUUAUGCAAUUCUCCAUUAAAGCUAACGGUCUCUACUCUUCACUACCAUACGCCAUGAUGUGGAUCUUCUCGUUGGGUUCCGGUUUCGUUGGUGAUUGGUUGAUUUCACGUAAAAUCAUGAACAUCACCAAUGUGCGCAAGAUGAUGACUGGUUUAGCUGCCUUUGGCCCAGCGAUCUUCAUGGUUGCCGCUUCAUAUGCUGGUUGUGAUCGUAUUGCUGUCGUUUCACUGUUCACCAUUUGCAUGGGUCUUAUGGGUGCUUUCUAUGCGGGCAUGAAGCUUACACCGCUCGAUAUGAGUCCCAACUAUGCGGGCACAUUGAUGGCGAUCACCAACGGUAUUGGUGCGAUUACGGGCGUUGUUUCGCCAUCACUGGUCGGCUUGAUGACGCCAAAUGCCUCGCUGCUCGAAUGGCGUCUUGUUUUCUGGGUCGCUUUCGGUGUGCUGGUCGUCACCGCCAUUGUCUAUGUGAUCUGGGCGUCGGGUGAGGUGCAAGAUUUCAACGAUCCACCACGUAGAAUCGAUUUCGAAGCAGAAGAGAAGGAGAAAGCAGCUGUUGCAACACAACUUGAAAGUAGUGAAAACUUACAAGAUGCGCGGAAUAUAAAAACAACACAUACCUAAGUUAUGUAUGUGAGUAAUAUAUGUAUACCGUACUAUAUAACGAAUAGGUACGCGUGCACGAAAACUGCCGACAGAUCUGUUGAAGAAAGAAAAGAAUUUACAAAUCAAAUUCUAAUUAUAAAAGUAUUUAUUGUAACUAUAAUUUAAGCAAAAAAUGCAAAAAGUAGCAAACAACAACAAACAGACAACGAAAGUAACAAUCAACAAAGAGUAUUGGUUAAUUAAAAAAGAAAUUAGAGAAAAAGAUAAUGAAAAAUAAAACUAUUAUAAAAAAAUUAGUAAAAAAUAAUCAAAAAUAUAAAUGAAAUUGAAAAAAUUAAAAUUAAAAAAAUUAAAAUAAAAAAUUUUAAAUUAAACAAUUUUUUGAAAAAAUUAAAUUUAAAAAUAAAAAAAUUUUGUUUCAAAAAUUAAAACUAAAAAAAAAUUUUAAUUAAAAUUUGGAAAAUUAAAGCUAAAAAAAAUUCGAAAAUUUAUUUAAAAAUAAAAUAAAAUUUGAAAAAUUAAAACUAAAAAAAAAAAUUUUAAUUAAAUUUUGAAAAAUUCAGUUAAAAAAAUUAAAAUUUGAAAAAUUGUUGUUUAAAUUAUAUUAAUUUUCACAGUUGUUGUUUGUUAUAUCCAAAGAUUUCGUAAACUAUUUGUGUAUAAAUAUGUAAUUAAUUAAUUAAUUUAAUGACACUUACAUAUGUAGUGGUAGUGAUAUCUGUAUGUACAUACAAAAUACGUAUUAGAAUAUUAUGUAAUCAACUGCUAUUGAACUUAGGCGCACGUUUAAAAUAACAACAAAAACAAACAAAUUGUAAUUAUAAUUUUUGCCUUGUAAUUGCUCUUGCGGCGCACUCAAACUAAAGUCUUUUUGCUUUCAAUAUUUAUAUUAAUUAAAUAUAUUGUACAAUAAAACAAAAAGAGAACAACAACAACAAAAAUAACUACAAUUUCACCUCUGUACGUACUUAAGUACAAUAGUUAACACUUAAGUGCGCUUAUAGCAUGUGCCAUUGAUUUUUACAAAACAAAAAAAAAAAAACAACAAGGACAAAUUCGAUGUACUUGAUUUAUUAGUGAGGUCUGUGUGGUAUUUAUAAAAAUUCUUAAUUACUUUUAUAAAAAGGCACGAAAUAUUAUAUAAAAACAUUAACCACACAACCGUUACAUAAACACUAUAUACAUAUGUAUUACACGUAACUAUAUAUAUUAGAACGUGUUGCUGUAACCAUAUCUCUAGCACAUGCAGAUCAACUUAUAUACCUGUGACUUAAAUUAAAAUAUAAAUUCUGUUCUGUAUGUUUGUAUAUCGCAAAUUUAUGCUUUUACAUACAUACAUAUACAGACAUAUUUGUGCAUUUUAGUACUAGUUGAUAUAAUCAUACACAUGUACAUUUACAUACAAAUAUAUAUUAAUAAGAUAUUAUUAAUGACAAUAUUACAUUCAAAUUGAUAUGAAAAUUGUUAUGUAGUUGUAAUUAUUAUUAAAAUAUAAAAUGUAAAAAGUUUUGCGAAACUUUCUUGAAUCAACUGAAACGAUCAAUAAAGAAAAAAAAACAUAAGAAACCCCAUGUUAUAAAUAGUGACAAAAAAAAUACAUGGAAAUUGUAAAUGAGAGCCAAAAUACAUAUUUAAUUAUUCUUCAGUA